AUGGAGCCCUUAUAUGAGGAGUAUCUAGCAAAUUGUGGAACAAUAGUAAAACCUUACUACUGGCUUAGCUUCUCUUUAGAUUGUUCCAACUGUCCUUACCAUAUUCGGACAGGUGAAGAAGCAAGAGUCUCUUACAGAGAAUUUCAGCAGACCUUUGGAUUCCCUUAUGGGCCAGUGUAUUCUGAAACAAAACAGCUCGUAUUUUAUGAACUGAAAACUUCUUCUGGCAGCCUGGUACAAAAGGGGCAUGCUAGCACUUGCGCUGGGAACCAUAUUCAUCCCGAAUCAAUGCUGUUUGAGACACAAGGUUAUCUUGACUCAGCCUUAUACAAUAACGACCGCAUCAGGCAUAUCAUUCUAUAUUCCAACCACUCUCCUUGUAAUGAAGCUAGCCACUGCUGCAUCAGCAAAAUGUACAAUUUCCUGAUGACGUAUCCAGAUAUCACUCUUAGUGUUUACUUUUCUCAUUUCUAUCACACUGGGGCUGACUUUCCCGCCUCAGCCUGGAACCGAGAAGCUCUCCGGAGCCUGGCCAGCUUAUGGCCACAGGUCACUUUGAGUCCAAUAAGUGGUGGGAUGUGGCAUUUUCUCCUCAACAACUUUGUGAGUGGUGUCUCCGGAGCGGCUGUUUUCCAGCCCAUUUUACCUGGCAGAGCACUGGCUGACAGACACAAUGCAUAUGAAAUCAAUGCCAUAGCAGGAGUGAGGCCUUAUUUCACUGAAGUUCUUCCCCAAACAAAAGGGAAUCAGAGCAUAAAUGCUCAAUCUGUUUUAGAGAGCUAUCCCUUAAACAACGUCUUCCCCAGACUAUCUUUUCAAGUACCAAGUGGACAGCUACAACCCUACCUGACCCCAGGCCCCAGGAUUCCUGUUGUUUUUGUGCUGGUACCUUUCAGAGAACUACCACCAAUGCAUGUAGAUCAAAAUCCACAAAAGCCCAGGAAUGUUGUAAGGCACUUAAAUAUGCCUAAAAUGUCAUUCCAAGAAGCCCAGGACCUUGGAAGACUUCCCAUUGGAAGACCAGUGGAAACAGAACAAUUUACAAGUAGCAAAGAGGCAAAUGAAAAGAGGAAAGGGAAGAAAUAA